AUGAUCCAGCAUCCUGAAAGCAGUCACAUUGACCCGCUAAGGAUAAGUCUCCAAGAAGAGCAUGCCCACUAUUGCCACGUGGAAGCUGAGCCAGAUGGCAAACCAUGGUACAACGACAUUAAAAUGUAUCUAGAAAAACGAGAAUAUCACGAAGGCAUUACAAAUGGACAAAAGAAGACCAUCAGAAGAAUGUCAAAUGGCUUCUUCCUAAACAAGGAAAUACUAUAUAAACGGACGCUGGAUCUGUGUCUGCUUCGAUGUGUAGAUGCCGAUGAAGCCUCCAAACUUCUAGAAGAGGUACUUGCUGGGACAAUCAUAUCUGCCGAAGUUGAGAUAUCCUCUUUGAGAAUCAUUCAAGAACCAGAAUUGGACAAUGCCGAAUGGGUCCGAGCUGGAUAUGAGAAAUUGGCUCUAAUUGACAAGAAAAGUACAGUUGCCAUAUGUCAUGGUCAACUGUGCCAACAAAGGAUGGUAAGGGCCUUCAACAAGCGAGUCAGAACUAGACUUUUCCAAAUUAGGCAAAUGGUCCUCAAAAGAAUUUUCCUACAUCAAGAUGAAUACAAAGAGAAGUUUUCUCCCAACUGGCAAGGCCCUUAG